AUGGAUUUUAUUCCUGCACGUGACACAAGUGUUAACACAGUAUUGGAUCAAUCACAAGGUCUAGCAAAGCGAAUCUCAAAUGAACGUCAAGUGAUAGCUAAAAUAGAUCCAGGUGAUCUUCAGGAUCGAUAUCUUCGUUUGUACGAUGAUCAUCAAUUAUUGAAACAACAUGCGAGAAAACAAGAAGAUAAAAUAAAAAAAUUAGCCACAAAAUUAAUGAAGGUCAUUGAUGAUAAAAAGAAGUCAGAAGGCGGAAUUGGAGGUUCGAGUCGUAAAAUUGGACGAGAUAGUGAAAUAGAAAAUCAACUUACAGAAUACAGAAAUAAAAUAUCAGAACUACGAGAACAAAACAAACUUUUAAAACAACGAGGUCUACAAAAACGAAUACCUUCGCCGUUAUUCCAUAAUUUAAGAGUCAUCGGUCCAAGAGAAUCUAUGCGAGAAGAAUCACUCGAGAAAGCUCAACAAGAACUCAAUAGUUAUGAACAACAAAUAGAUUCAUUACGUCAACAAUUAAACUCACGCGAUGCUGAUCAUGAACAAAAUUUAAUGCGUUUAAAAGCACAAACAACAGGAGAAUCGCGAACAAAUUUACAAGAAAAUAUUGAUAUGAUACGUUUACAACGUGAUUUGCGAGAAAAGUCUGAUGAAUCAAGACGUCUUCAGACACAAUGUUCGAAUUUAGAAUCGCAAAAUCAAAGUCUGCAAAUGACAAAUUCAGAACUAUUAAAAGAAAUUGAUCGACUCGAUAGACAGAUAAAAGAUGAACAACAACGUGCUGUACAAUUGAGAACAGAAUUGAGAAAUGGGUCAAGAUCAAAUACACUCAUAUAUGAAUUAAAUGCACAAAUUGAUGAUUUACGUCGUGAAUGUGAAGUAUUAAAAGAAGCGAAUACAAAAUUAGUUAAUAGUGCAUUUAAUGCAGAUCGUGAACGAGAAUUUCGAGAAAAAGAACGUGCAUUAAAACUUCAAAUUGCACAAUUAGAGGCAACAUUAAAAGCUGAUUUAGGUGAACGCGGUACAUUACUAGAUAGGCUUACGCUAGAAAAAGAAUCAAAUAAAAAGACCGACGAUGAACAUCGAACAAUGCAUUUAAAAUAUUUAGAAAUGAAAGAAAAAUACGAUGAUUUAGCUGAAAAAUUACGAUUUUUUGAACGAGAAGGUGAUGUGAAUAUGAAAGAAAUCGAAGAAGCAUUGAUUAUUCUCCGACAACGAAAACAAAAACAGGAACCAAAUUUUGACUUUUUACAAAAAGUUGAUGAAGAAAAAGGACAAAAUUUACAACAUCGUUUACGUGAACUUGAAAGUCAAUUAGCUGAAACAUCAAAUGAGUUAGAAAAAACAAGAAAUUUAUUAUUUAUGCAAUACAAAAUUAAUCGCGAUUAUAAACUUGAGGUUGAUUGUAUUCAAAAGAAAAUGGACGAAAAUCAAGCCGAUUUUAGUAGUCGAACGUUGGAACACGGUCAAUUACUUGAUAUUCGUGCAGAUCGCAUUCGAAACUUAGAAAAACAACUACGUGAUGUUGCCUAUGGUACUCGACAAUAUCGUGUUCAAGAAUAUCCAUCACAAUCGGCGAUAGAUAAUGAUUUUAUCGAAAAUGCAAUUGAAUUAGAACGUGGAAAAAAUUUAAUUGAAAUUCAUUUGAGUCGUGGAACAUUUAGUGAUAAAGCAUUAGAGUAUUUAGGUAGCGGAAAUGAUCCAUCAACAUUUUGUUCAAUUGAAUUUUUUGAACAUGAAUUACAAAUCACACCAAUUGUUAAAGGACGAACGCCAGAAUAUGAUUUUACCGCCCAAUAUAUUGUUAAUGUUGACGAUUUUCUCUUGUAUUAUUUACAAAAAGAGUAUACAGUUGUCGAAUUACAUCAGGCUCUAGGACAAACAUAUCGUACUGUAGCCGUAUGCAAGUUAAAUUUAAAACAGUUAAUUGAAGGUAGUCAUGGACGACUGCAUUCAACAGUAAAAUUGACAGGAAGUAAUGAAGACAACAUGGAUAUAAUGAAUUUUGGUUCAAUUGAAUAUUGGGUAAGACUACAAGUACCAAUGGAACAAGCAUUUCGAUUGUUGAAAGAAAGAAUGAAAGCACAAGGUUACCUGGUGACAAACAAACAUCGAACAACAGCUCAAGAAAACGGAUUGGAUAUGAAUGAGCAGCAGACAAUGUCAGAACAAAAUAUGAAUGAAUUGAAUAUUGCCAUAUUAAAUUGUUCGAACGUUAGAGCGACUAGUCAAGAUCGACAACCAGAUUUAUAUUGUGUUUAUAAAUUUUUUAAUUUUACUGAUCGUGAUACGGCUAUACGUCCAUCAUCAAAUAAUCCAAACUUUGAUGAUAGAGCAAGUUAUCCCGUGCAUAUGGAUGCUGAUUUAGAUCGUUAUUUAAAAAAUACACAAUUAACAAUAUUUGUGUUUGAUGAUAAAGAACAAAUACCCGAACAUUAUGCGGCACGUGCUGAUAUUCCAUUAUUACCAUUGUCUCAUGAUAAUGAUAUUAAAGGCACAUUUGAUAUGCGCGAUCACGAUGGAAAUCGAAAUGGCACAAUGGAUGUCAUAUUAAAGUGGACAAAUACUUAUAUACCCCCACCAUCUUCGACUAGAACACCAGCUCAAAAAGCAAAAGGUUACGCAUCACCUCGAGAACCAUUAGCUUUAAUGCCAUACGAAAAUGCAGCAUCGGCACAAACAAUUGCUGAAAAAGCAAGAGAAACAAAUGUAAGAUUAACAUCACGUGAUAUUAUAACAAAUCGUCCGCAUUCAGAUACAGAACAAAAUAAUUAUGAUCGACAAAAACCUGAUAUACCAAGAAGUAGUCAUGGAAUUCCAGCAUCAAGUAGAUCUCGACCAACAGACCCUCGUUUGUCUAAUACUCGCCCUCCAGUAAAUGUAAAUAAUAAUCAUAGUGGUAAACGAUCAUCAUCUGCUGGCAGUGGUAGUAGUAAGCGAGUUAGUUUUGACAAUCCAGACGACAAUUUUACAAAUGAGCCUCCUCGAUUUUCAACAGAAAAUCAGUCAAUUGAUGAUGAAACAUCUCGCCCUGCUACACCAGAAUCGAUUCGAGAUGAAACCACAAACAGAACAACGAUGCCCGAUGAAUCUGAUCCUGACAUUAUUUAUCAAACUAGUAUAUCACGUCAGCCAAAUACAAAGAGAGACAAUGUGACUAUUGGUGUCCAUGAAUUAGUGUUAAAUGAUAAAUGUCCGAUAUUUGAUGAUGAGAAUUGUGAAAAAGUAUUUGUCAGUGUAGAAUUUUUAAAUUAUACUGAAGAACUCGAAACACCCUAUUCAUUACAAAAACGUGAUCCAAAUGUGAAAUAUAGUUUCAAUUUUCAAAAAGGUAUCAGGCAUAAAGAACAACGUCAACAUUUGGCAGAUCUUAUUGGACCAGGUGCUUCCGGAGAUAUCAAAUUUGUUGUCGUUGGUGAACCACCGGAAAAUAAACAAGAUCUCGAUUGUGUCGAUAUUGGCUAUGCACGUGUAAAUGCCAAAAAAUUGUUGCGCAAUGAAACGGAUAUUGUCGAAAAAAAUAUUGACGUUCAUGACGUAAACAACGAUCAAGAAAUCAUCGGCCAAAUGAAUGUCACCGUAGAGAUUGUUCAAGCAUUAAGAUUUGUACAAAAUCGAAUGCAAGAAUAA